AUGCAACUUUUUCCCUUUUUGCAAACAUACCGAUUUAAAUAUAAUAUAUUUAUUACUAAUUUAAUUAUUGGCUAAACAUUUUUUAUAAUUUAUAUUUGAAAUCGAGGUGUAUUUUAAGACAGAAUAUAAUUAAUUAAUGUUAGAAAAGCAUUUGUUAUUUGACGCCGACGGCCAACCAAAUACGAAAUUCGUUUCCAUUUUUGUGUUUUUGUAGACCUUUUUGGUGCACAACACACACAACACACACCAGCCAGACGCCUCUCUGUCUCUCUUUCUCUCUCUAGAAAACGAUUCCGGCUAGAUUCAUCUUCUACUAUAUGUGGACUAUCAUUCUAUCAACUAAUUGAGCUGAAGGAACUAACAGUAUCGGAUUAGAAUUCCUUGUUGAAGAAUGUCAGGUGGUGGAACUCAAAACAGUUUACGGAAAGCUCUUGGAGCAAUUAAGGACAGCACAACUGUCAAUAUAGCUAAAGUUAGUAGUGACUACAAGGAAUUGGAUAUAAAUAUUGUCAAGGCUACAAACCAUGUUGAGCGUCCAGCAAAAGAAAAACAUAUACGUGCUAUAUUUGCAGCUAUCUCAGCUACAAGACCUCGAGCUGAUGUUGCUUAUUGCAUACAUGCUCUUGCAAGAAGACUGUCAAAGACACAUAAUUGGGCAGUUGCUUUGAAAACCUUAAUUGUUAUUCAUCGGGCUUUGAGGGAGGUGGACCCCACAUUUCAAGAAGAACUUCUCAACUAUGGAAGAAGCAGAAACCAUGUGCUCAAUUUAUCUUACUUCAAAGAUGAUUCUAGUCCAAAUGCAUGGGAUUAUUCUGGCUGGGUUAGGACAUAUGCAUUAUAUUUGGAAGAAAGGCUGGAAUGCUUCAGAGUCUUGAAAUAUGAUGUUGAAACAGAUCGCCCUAGAACAAAAGAUCUUGAUACUCCCGAUCUACUUGAACAACUACCAGCUCUUCAGCAACUUCUGUUUCGUGUUUUAGGGUGUCAGCCACAAGGAGCAGCAGUUCAUAACUUUGUGAUUCAGCUGGCACUUUCUAUGGUUGCUUCUGAAAGCAUGAAAAUCUACAAUGCAAUUAGUGAUGGUUCAGUUAAUUUGGUAGACAAGUUCUUUGAGAUGCAACGACAUGAUGCUCUUAAGGCUCUUGAUAUAUAUAGGAGAGCUGGACAACAGGCUGAAAGAUUGUCUGAGUUUUAUGAAGUAUGUAAAAGUCUUGAUAUUGGACGUGGGGACAGGUUCAUUAAGAUUGAACAGCCCCCAUCUUCAUUUCUACAAGCCAUGGAAGAAUACGUGAAAGAAGCUCCUCGUGCUUCUACUGUUCAUAAAGAUCUGGAUAGCAAACCGAAAACAAUUUUGGCCAUAGAAUACAAAAAAGAAACAGAGGUUCAAGAGAAACAGUCGGAAUCUCCACCACCUGCUGCACCUAUAGCUGAACCGGUGGCUGAACCCAUUAAGGUGGAAGCAGUUGCCUCCAAACCACCACCAGAUUUACUGUGUUUGGAUGAUCCGGUUACAGACGCUUCUGAAUUCGACCAGAAGAAUUCUUUAGCUUUGGCUAUUGUUCCCGUUGUUGACCAACCAACUUCAACCGCCACAACUUCAUUCAACGGAACCUCCGGAUGGGAGUUGGCCCUAGUAACCGCUCCAAGCUCUAAUGGGACCACCGCAUCCGCAAGCAAAUUGGCUGGAGGGCUAGACAAACUUACACUCGAUAGUCUCUACGACGAUGCAAUCAGAAGAACCAACCAAAACCAAACCGCGAGCUUCAACCCAUGGGAACACGGUCCGCUAGCCGGGACCAUGAUGCCGCCGCCACAAACCGCACCGGGCCCAUUCUACGGCUCAACCGCUCUAUCCGCACCACACAACAUACAAAUGGCUAUGGCUCAACAACAACAUCAGCAACAAGCCUUCAUGUUCCAACAACAACAAAUGAUGAUGAUGUCCCCACCACAACAAAGUGCAAACCCAUUUGCGAAUCCGUAUGGACCCACCUCGCACCCUUAUGGGUCGGGUGUCCCGGUUCAAUCAUAUAAUCCAUAUACGGGACUUAUAUAGGAGGUCUUUCGGGGUGAAAAUGUGUACAAGUUAAUUAGGAGUAGGAAUAUGCAUUGUUCAUUAUUUGAGGUCGAGGGUUGGAAUAAUGUUUUCGGGUUAUAUUCUCAUUCUUUUCGUCUGUCAAUUUUUUUUUCAAGGUUUUAUAUUUUGUUUAAGAUAGAAAUAUCGUGUAAAACUUUUGAGAUUGUCAUUUGCACAUUCAUGUAUCAUAUAUAAAUUGUAAUUGAGUGGUCAUUCUUGGACAGUGUUAAUUAACUUAGGGGUUGUUUGCUGGGAGAAUAAGCAAAAAUAUGUGUAUGUAUUGGAUCUAUAUCAGUAACAAAGUAUCUAUAUGUUCUUUAAUUACAAAAAAUGAAAUGUGUAUUGCCAAUUUACAUCUUUUCAACGGGAAAACCCAUUGUGGGUUUUGAUUUUGACGCCAAAUCACGAAGCUCAGCAACCUCAUCACUAGUUAGUCUCCAACCCAAUGCCCCACCAAAUUCUUGUGCUUGUUCUGCAUUUUUGGCUCCAGGAAUUGGGAUCACAUUAUCUUGAGCUAUGAGCCAGUUGAGUGCCACCUGUGUUGGAGUUUUCUUAUAGCUCUCUCCGAUCUCCUUGAUCCUGUUUAUAAGCGGUUGCAGCUCAGUUAGGAACUCAGCAGUGUAAAUAUUUCCUCGAGGACCUGUCGGGAUGUUUUGCGGAGUAUACUUUCCCGUCAAAACACCUGCAGCGAUAGGCGAAUACGCAAUUAAACUAAUCCCAAGUUCAUCACACGUGGCCUUGACACCGUUUUCCUCAGGUAUCCUGUAAAUGAGACUGUAAUUGACUUGGUUUGAAGCCAACGGAAUACCUCGUUUCUUUAGCUGUUUAUAAGCCUCACGAAGACGCUUUUCUAUAAUUGGAGACUCCAACAGCCUUCACAAGCCCUUGAUCCACCGCAU